GGAGGAGAGAGGAGGCAUUGAAUGGAAGCGUACACAUGGUAGAGAGGAAAACGGCUAUUUUCACGUGCUCGGCGUGCACGACUGAGGAGCGCGUCUCUCUCUCUCUCUGUCUGUCUCUCUGUCUCCGUCUCUGUCCCUCUGUCUGGCUCGUUAGUCAUCUGCUGCUGCACGGAUAGAGGGCAUAGGAGGAAGAAGCGCAGGCAGGGCCGGGGAGCUUUGGGCUGCGCGCAGAAGAUGAACAGGCGACGCGGGCUCUCCGCCUGUGAUCGCCGGCCUCUGAUCUCGUAGGCGGCGGCAGUCAGAGUGAUCGAAGAAGAAUGAGCUCCAAGCACUCCUCGGACUGGAUUCCCUACAGCACUUUAGACGAUGAGGGCACCAACCUGCGACAACAGAAACUGGACAGACAGCGAGCGCUCCUUGAACAGAAGCAGAAGAAGAAAAGGCAGGAGCCUCUGAUGGUCCAGUCUAACGUAGACGGGAGAUGUCGCACCCGUCGGACCAAACAGAGCGAGGAACAGGCCCCUCUGGUGGAAUCCUACCUCAGCAGCAACAGCAGCACCAACUACCACGUGCAAGAAGCUGAACAGGAGGAGGAGAGGGUGAUGCCUGACACGCAGCCGCCUCGCUCAGCCAAAAAGGGGAGAGGAUCGGCCAGCUCCACUCCACAGACGGGCAGCGACAAGAAGGAGAGGAAGGGCAAGCACAAAGCGAUGGAUGGUCCGUCCUCCCAGCAGGACGAUAGUCCGAUCCAGAUCCUGACGGUGGGUCGUACCAGCGCCGAGGAGAGCGAGGCGGAGCCGGUCAUGAGCUGCACGCAGUCGCAGAGCAAGCAGGAUCUGCGUGUCACCAUGCUAAAGAAAGGUAUAUCCAGCAGUAUGAAUUUUGAUGAAGAAGAAGACGAUGACGAUGAAAUCAGUUCCAGCUCGUCACAGCUCAACAGCAACACGAGGCCGGGCUCUGCCACGAGCAAGAAGUCCUGCAAGGAGGUGGCCUCAGCACCCACCCCGCCAGUCAAUGAACCCGCCAUCGACGUGGAUGACCUUGAAGAGUUUUCCCUGCGUCCUGCACCUCAGGGGGUCCGAGUGAAGUGCAGAAUCACCAGAGACAAGAAGGGCAUGGACAGAGGCAUGUAUCCCACCUACUACCUUCACCUGGAGAGAGAGGACGGCAAGAAGGUGUUCCUGUUAGCUGGAAGGAAAAGGAAAAAGAGUAAAACAUCCAAUUAUCUCAUCUCCAUCGAUCCGACUGAUCUGUCUCGAGGCGGCGAGAGCUUUAUCGGUAAACUGAGGUCCAACAUCAUGGGAACGAAGUUCACUGUAUACGACAGCGGUCUGAACCCCAUGAAGAGCACAACCAGCCUUGAAGCUAGCGGCCUGCGUCAAGAACUAGCAGCCAUUUGCUAUGAAACAAAUGUUUUAGGAUUCAAAGGACCACGCAAAAUGAGUGUCAUCAUUCCUGGAAUGAACAUGGACCAUGAGAGAGUGUCUAUUCGCCCACGGAAUGACCACGAAUCACUUCUGGCCAAGUGGCAAAACAAGAACACAGAGAGCGUGAUCGAGCUUCACAACAAGACUCCUGUGUGGAACGAUGACACACAAUCCUACGUGCUCAACUUCCACGGACGAGUCACUCAGGCCUCCGUCAAGAAUUUCCAAAUCAUUCACGACAACGACCCUGACUACAUCGUGAUGCAGUUUGGCCGUGUGGCAGAGGAUGUCUUCACCAUGGACUAUAACUACCCGAUGUGUGCCCUGCAGGCCUUUGCCAUUGCGCUCUCCAGCUUUGACAGCAAGUUGGCCUGUGAAUAGACCCCAGCCUGGUGGAGGACUGGUCCAUGCGUCCUCUCACAAAGUAUCCUUGUGGAUGGUAUCGGACUUCUCCAAAAACCUUGAAGUCGUGCUACUUUGUGGGACUCGAGUUUCGUGUGUGUGUGCGGGGGAGGGGAGGUAAGGGAGGGAGGAGAGGUUACCUUGGCCAGUAGAGGAAAAGAAGCACAGAGAAAUUCACUUUAAAAUUUCGAUGAAUUUGUUUUGAUAACUAUAGUAAUUUUGUACUGUAAUGGCAUCAUGCAAACAAGCAAUGCUCCUUUAUGUAGUAGUUAGAAAUGUAACAUUUCUUUAUCUGUAAAUUAUAACUAACCAUUACAUAUCUGUACCUUUUUUAUGUGAUCGCCACACACAAGCAUGAAUACUUCUUAUAUAGUCACUGAAUUUAAAAUAACAUGCACGUCGUUAUGUAUUUAUUUAUUUAUUUAUUACAUGUUGUUUUCUUUUUUCUCUGUUAUCAUUUGCAACAAUCUGAGCAGUAUUGGCUCCAUGGAGCCACAAGCACAUACGUUUGUAGGACUAUCUAUUCUUUCCACGCAACGAUUGGACGUGAACGUGGCAAAGGUGUAUGUAACGGUGUGCUGUGUACCAUUUACAAUAUUGUGUCACAGUGUCGUUUAUGUGAAUGUAUAGGACGAUGGUUCACUCCACGUUGAAGUCUUUAGUGGAUGAGAUAUGGCUGUACAUACUUUAUUGUGCCUUUUGAAGACUAAUUCCAGUGUUGCGCUUCGGCCGCACAAUGAGCUGAGCUUGAAUUUGUCUUUGCUAUUCUGGCUGCCUCACAUGCAUCAGAGGUCAUUUAUUGAAUUCAGUUGUCUAAUGUAGAUAUCAUUUAAAGUGAUCAGAUAGCUGGAGCUGCGAAACUUCUAGAAAACAAAAGUAAACAUCACUGGACAACAUUUUAUUUUAUUUAUUGUCCAGACAUAUUUGAAUUCAAUUUAGGACCAAGAACACAUUACACUAAAGAGGCAAAUAAGGAUUUACUUUGACUGUAAAUCCGGUAGCAGAAAUACUAUUCAAGACAUUUGGGCCUGAGUUCUGCUCAUGAUGUUCUUAGUUCAGUUCUUAGUUCUUAUGAUGUAAUCUGAAAAAAAAAAAUUGAACACAAAUUUACUUACUGAAAUCAAACACAGUAAACUGCUAACACCGCUUCGACAUUUCAUUUUUUGCUGUUUUGUUAUAUAUUUUAUGCUCUGCUGAGCUGGUACAUUCCAAAUUUAACUGGUAUUUGCUGUUCACAUUUACACUCAAAAUAUUCUUCUUCUUGCUCCUUUUCGGGGCAGUAGUCUUUCUCAAAUAUAUGAUAUUUUGUAUUUUACGGCCAUUAAAAAGCUUAAUGAAGGCAAAGAACAAUCUCUGAUACCGCUAUUGUCACUGGGUUAUGAGGAAAUCUUUAUCAGAUGUGCUAUUCUUGUACUCAACUGUGUUUCAACUAUUUUAAACUUCUAUUUUCAAAUUGUUGAUUAUUUUUCUGUGAAGUAUGCUUUUCAAACAUCCAGGAACCAAAGGUUCUUUCACUCUCUUUUUCAAGUGUUCUCGUUGUAAUGUACAAUAAAUGGUGUACAGUUUACUGUGGUGGCAUAAACACAGUAGUCCUUUGAUCAUGGAAAAAAAUAAAACUUCAGUGAGUCAAA